AUGGAAGCCUUUGUAGGUGCCUUUGUUAUGUGGAGGAUCAAAGAGUGGGGUAUCCAGUCUGCCUCCUGCUCCAUUCAGGACCCCCCCCCCGAACGGAUACACACAGAGAGAGCGUUUCGAGCCAGAGACGAGGCCCAGCACCAUUUCUCCCAGAGCCUCAUCGACAAGGACAAAUAUCGUAAACAGAUCAGAGAGCUGGAGGAGAGGAGCGACGAACUCCAGAUCGAGAUCGUACGCAAAGAAGCCCGUCUGGUCACUCUGGAGUCUCGCCUACGACGGCUGGCCAAGGACAUCGUUUUGGACCAGAGUCUGCCGAGGGACAUGCCUCCGACCAUUAUUUCUCAGGCGGGGGAUUAUAAACCCAGCCAAUCAGAGUGGUCGAGCGAUGAAUCCCAUGAGGGGAAGUUUCAAUUGGAGGAGCCUCGUCUGAAACGCAGACCCAACCUAAAAGCAAACAGAGUAAAGUCUCCAGUCUGUUUUCACAGAGAAGUCAACUAUGAGAACUCUCAAUCUGCAGCUCUGUUAGCCAACGGAGGAGAUUUCCUGGAUAUCCAGAUACGAAACUAUAACUCAAACAGCGUGUCCCUCCCUGCGUCCCCCUCGUAUCCUCCCUUCUUAGCCGCCUCCCUCUCCUGCUCCCCGUCCCCCUCUCCUGUCACCGUCAGUAUGGACCAGUUCAACAGACCAAACAUGCAGCGUUACCGCAACCAGAGCAUCCAGUCCACGCUGCCUGAGCCUCCGGAGAAAGCAUCGCUCUAUCGCCGAGAGAGGGAGAAGGAAAACGACUUCAACCCCCGCAGCCUCUCGGACUUUGAUAGUGACACCAUGGAGUUUGAGGACGAAGCACCGUCUGUCCACUCGUCUUCCUCGUCCCAUCAGUCAGAAGGGAUGGACUCGUACGACCUGGAGCAGGUCAACACCAUAUUCAGGAAACUCUCUCUGGAGCGGCCGUUUCGUCCGUCUCUCUCUUCCUUCUCGAGGAUCAGUGGCUCUCUGAAGCCGGUGCAGGAGUUAUCUCUACCCGGCGACAACCUGCUGAAGGACAUCAUUUUGGUCGGUGGAAACGACAGCGGGAUAUUCAUCUCACAUGUCCAGUCGGACUCCAUCGCGGAGAAGGCGGGGCUCCGGGAGGGCCACCACAUCCUGAUGGCAUGGAGCAGAGGUGAGAGUCGACCCAUGGAUGUCCAGUUUCCUGCAGUGCAGCAGCAGCAUGAUGAUAACAAACCAGCCACAGACUCCAUCUUUAUAUCUAUUGCCAUGGUGAGAGAGAGCUACUGGACUCUGUUGCUAUGGUGA